UGUGGUUGUGCACCACCCCCUCCACCACCUAGCUCACCACCACCUAGUUCUGAGCCACCUUCUUCAUCAGAACCACCUAGUUCUGAACCACCAAACUCAGAGCCACCUAGUUCUGAACCACCUUCUUCGUCUGAGCCACCUAGUUCCAGACCUAGCCCACCUAGCUCGGAAUCUUCAUCUUCAUCAAAGCCAUCUAGCUCAAUUGUACAACCUAGCUCUGAGAGUUUUAGUUCAUCAAUGCCUGAAACUACAUCAAGAUCAUCUAGUACAUCGUUGGAGUCAACAGAAUCUUCUGGCCUUUCUAUAUCAGGAAUUUCUGGGUUAUCAACAGCUCGUUCCACUACGAUUAUUACGGUCACUACCUGCGCGCAUGGAAGUUGCUCAAUCAUAACUGAAACUACAGGAGUGACAAUUAUCACUGAAGGUACUAAGAUUUUUACUACUUAUUGUCCAUUAACAGGAGAAUCAUCGCCCUCUUCUUCAACUAUUGGACCAAGUAAUGGUUCAGGUGGCAAAGGAGGUGGAAAUGGAUCAAAUAAUGUUGGUGGCAAUGGAAACGGAAGUGGAUCAGGUAAUGGAAACGGAUCACGUUCAUCAACCGUCAUCGCAGUUACUACUUGCUCAAAUGGCGGCUGUUCUACUGUGGUUGAAACAACUGGAGUUACAGUUAGAACAGAAGGAACAACUAUAUACACUACCUAUUGUCCAUUAACUGGAGAAACGAUACCUUCAUCAUUAACUAGUGUUCCAAGUAAUGGCUCUGGUGCUGGCAGUGGAACAGGCCAAGGGGCAGGUCAAACAGCAGGUCAAGGAUCAGGAAGUGGACCAAGUCAAGGAUCAGGUCCAGGAGCAGGUCAAGAGUCAAUUGAGACGUCACUUACGGAGCAACAAUCAACGGAGAAUCAUAUACCAUCACUACAAACGGUCUCGAUUAUGCAAUCAAGUGAGUCUUCGUCAUCAGAGUCGAAUCCAGCUGAGAUUUCCGUAUUAGCGGCUGUUGGUCCUACGAUAGGUUACUCCAUUGGGGCCGUUUUCUUGGCUAUUACCAUGAUUUUGCUUUAG